CUUUUUUUCUUCCUUCGUGCUUCUUUUUACCACACUGUUGCGAUUAGAGACGUUAGACUUUUCCCCAAUGGCAUCCAACGAUUCUGAGUUCGAAAAGGGUGUCGUUAGUGUUGUACGCAUAAACGACUUCCUGGGUGACGACGAGCUUCGGGCAGUUGUAUCUAGGUUGGAUAGCGACAAAGACAAAGAGGUAUUCGGGCUGGUGUGCCAGCGAUGGCUUUACAUUCAGAGUACAGAAAGGAAGAAACUUUGUGGUCGGGCCGGGCCUCACAUGCUGCGCAAUAUAGCGGCCCGAUUCAGUAGGUUGAAUGAGCUUGGUCUAUCUCACUCUGUGAAUAGGUGUUUCUACCCUGGCGUUACUGAUUCUGAUCUUUCUGUUAUUGCCGCUUCCUUCUCUUCUUUAAGGAUACUCAAUCUUCGCAACUGUAAAGGCAUAACUGACAAUGGAAUGGCUAAAAUCGGAUCCAGCCUCUCUUCUUUACAAUCCCUAGAUGUAUCAUACUGCAGUAAGCUGAGAGACAAGGGCUUGUCAGCUGUUGCUGAGGGGUGUCAUGAGUUGAGAACCUUGCAUCUUGUUGGCUGUAGAUUCAUGUCAGAUUCAUUAUUGAAAGCUCUGUCCAAAAACUGCCACAAUUUAGAAGAGCUGGGUUUGCAGGGAUGCACCAAUAUUACUGAUACAGGUUUAUGUGUUCUCGUUGAAGGUUGCCGAAAGAUAAAGCAUUUAGAUAUUAACAAAUGCAGAAAGAUUGGUGACAUCGGCGUAUCUGCGGUGUCCAAAGCUUGCGCAUUGAUACUUAGUACGUUGAAGCUGUUGGAUUGCUGCGAAGUUGGCGAUGAGUCCAUCUUAUCCUUGGCUAAUAACUGCAAAAAUCUUGAGACGCUUGUUAUCGGUGGUUGCCGUGACAUAUCUGAUGAGUCCAUGAAGUCAUUGGCUGUUGCUUGUAGUAAAAGUCUCAGGGAACUGAGGAUGGAUUGGUGUUUGAAUAUUUCCGACUCUUCAUUGGAUUGUAUACUUUCAGGAUGCAGAAAGCUUCAAGUUCUUGAUAUUGGAUGCUGCAAGGACGUCACUGAUGCUGUAUUUCAACAAUUAGAAAGUGAAAAGUUAAUUUUGGAAUUGAAAAUUUUGAAGCUGAGUAACUGCCCAAAGAUCACAGUUAUAGGAAUUAAGAAGCUUUUGAAGUCAUGUGAAUCUCUAGAGUAUGUAGAUGUGCGGUCGUGCCCUCAUAUCACGAAAGCCGGGUGUAAGGAGGCUGGACUCCAGUUUCCUAAAUCUUGUAAAGUUAACUUUUCUGGGAGCUUGGUUGGUCAAAUAGUUGAAGUAUACACAAGCUGACCCGGACACUACCAUUACACAUGAAAGGUGCUAAUUACAUAGUUAAUUGAAUUGCAUUUUGAUCUAAUUGCCUGAAAAAGUUCAUAAGCUGCAUAAAUUUAGCAUUUGCUAUUGCUACUUUCUUUGGGAUUUAGUACCAAUUCAGAACUCAUGAAUGGUGUUGGAUUCCAUAGUUACCAUGGUUGCAACUUCACAUUUGGAAACUUGUUUCUCAACCUAUAUCAUGAAUAUAAUGUUGGUCUCAGGUUGUGAGAAAACUAUCAUUACGACCAACCAAAUGUAAGAGCCACUUAAAUUUACAUCUCGAUACAGUGUGCAACAACUCAAGAGAUCCACACGGCAUUGAAAAGUAGUUCUCUUCUCUUUACCAGAAAUUGAAGCAGCAAAGAACAUAAAAGCAGAAACGUCAUAUGAUCAGUGCUCUUAUGUGCUUGUGAAGAUAUUAACUUGUGAACUCUUAAGUAAGCCUUGCCCUCAUGUCUUCAAGUAGGUAAAUUUUGUCAUAGAGCUCAUGCCAAGGACAAAUAAAUGCUAAAAGAAAUCAUUGAAAGAAAGCUACCUCGUUUGACCACAUGAAGAACUCAAAGAAAGCUCAUAGAUGUCUUUAUUUGAUUCAGAAGUUCUUGAUAUUGGAUGCUGCGAGGAGGUUACUGAUGCUCAAUUUCAACAAUUAGGAAGUGAGGAAUUAAUUGUGGAAUCGAAAAUUUUGAAGGUAGCUGUCCAGAGACACAGUUGAAGGAAUUAAGAAGCUUUUGAACUCAUGUGAGUCUCUCAAGUAUCUAGAUAUGCGGUCCUUCCUUCAUAUCACGAAAGCAGGGUGUGAGGAGGCUGGACUCCAGUUUCCUGAAUCUUGUAAAGCUAACUUUUCUUGGAGCUUGGUGGGUCAAAUAGUUGAAGUAUGCGCAAGCUGAACCUGCUUAGUCCGAUUCAGCAAGUGACCUUUGACUUGUCAUAUGACUAGGAGCUGCUGAUGUCAGUCUUCUAUUCCCAUUCUUUGUGCUUUAUUGCGCAUCAAUUUCAUCUGUUCACUCAUCUUAUAAAAAAUCUUCGAAAUCAUCCUUGUAAAUUAGUAUUCGGCCCCCAUUGUUUGUUAUAGUUUCAGAUUAUGAAAUGAGCUUACCUUAA